UUCGUGUCAGAGACAGAGACAGAGACAGAGACAGACCGCCACAAGGCAACUUAGGAUUCUCUCCUUUUUUUAAUUUCCUUUCCUCUUGUACUAUAUUUUUAUAAAACACAAAACUCUCUUUUCUUUUUCUCUCUGUUACAGCUGAAUCAACACACCAAACCCUAAUCCUAACUCAACUGCCAACACUGCCGCUUCAGAGAAUUUGUGAUGGCUUCCAAGAGGAUCAACAAGGAGUUGAAAGACCUGCAGAAGGACCCUCCUGCUUCAUGCAGCGCUGGUCCUGUUGCUGAUGAUAUGUUCCACUGGCAAGCAACAAUUAUGGGCCCAGCUGACAGCCCAUUUGCUGGUGGGGUGUUUCUCGUAUCCAUUCACUUCCCACCAGAUUACCCAUUCAAGCCCCCCAAGGUCUCUUUCCGUACAAAGGUUUUCCACCCCAACAUCAACAGCAAUGGAAGCAUUUGUCUUGAUAUUCUCAAAGAACAGUGGAGCCCUGCUCUUACAAUAUCCAAGGUUCUUCUGUCCAUCUGUUCACUGUUGACGGAUCCAAACCCUGAUGAUCCCCUGGUGCCUGAAAUUGCUCACAUGUACAAGACAGACAGAUUCAAGUAUGAAACCACUGCUCGGUCUUGGACCCAGAAAUAUGCCAUGGGCUAGGGUUCCACAUCUGCAGGAGGAACAAAAAUGUCUAUGGCCCUACUAGUAAAUAAUAGAAACUUCAUCUGGGUCUGCUUUUGAUGUCUUGGUUUUUGAAGAUCAAUGGGAGUUUAUUUAUUAAUGCAUGUUCGUCAACAGUUAGUUAAUAUUUACAUGAAAACCAAAAUGCAAAAUGUUACCUCUGCUUUACUUAA